GUCACUCAGAACUUCCCUUCUCAGCCCCAGGGUCUGCCUGUCCUUUGGAUGACCUCUGAUUUAGGAGACUGGAAGGCUUUCUGAGGACCAGGCCUGCUGGGGGCGGAAACCACCUCCGGUAUCAAAGCCUCUUCCCGCGCCUCUCAGUUGUGCGGGGAGUCGGCUUUCCUGGAGGAGCUCCCGGCUUCCUCAAGACAGAGAACUCUUCCUUUUUCUCUUCAAAAUGAAAAUGGACUUGGAGGUCAGUGAACCAAUAGACUUUAGUUGUGGAGAUCAUCAGCAUCUGGUUCGGAAAGCAGCAGAUAGUAACAUCCAGACCAAGUCUAGUCACUCCACAAAUUCAUCUUCAUCUGAGUCACAAAGAACUCAAGAAGAACCACGUUCAGAGACUAAAGAGCGACUGGAUUCCUAUGUGGUACAAAUUUCUGAGGACCCCGCCCCAGAGGUCAACAAUUCUAUAAGCAAUUUGUUCUCAGAUUCAUCGAUCCGCAGAGCUUUCAUUAUAAAAGUGUUCCUGAUCCUGACAGCUCAGUUGGUGGUCACUGGGGCGAUUAUCAGCGUGUUUAUUUCCUGGAAGGGUUUACGAACUUGGGUGCUCAUGAAUGCCUGGUUCACUUAUGCAAUCUUGCCAGCAUUUUUUGUUGUGCUUAUUGUACUUGCUUGUUGUGGGGAUCUUCGCCGUAAGGUGCCUGUGAAUUACAUUCUCCUGGGACUAUUUACAAUUCUUCAAGGUCUGCUGCUGGGAGCCGUUUCAGUUUUCUAUAAUGCAGAGGAAGUGUUGUGGGCAACAGUGGCAACCGCUCUGGUGACAUUAUCACUCACUUUAUUUGCUCUCCAGACAAAAUGGGAUUUCACCAUGCUGAAUGGGAUGCUGUUUGUUCUACUCUUCGUACUGAUUAUCUAUGGAACUCUCUUACUCUUCAUACGCUCAUAUUGGUUUCAUGUAUUGUAUGCUGGACUUGGAACUGUGCUCUUCUCACUUUACUUGGUGAUGGAUGUGCAGCUCAUGGUGGGAGGGCACCACCCUCACGCUGACCUGCACCCCGAAGAGUAUGUUUUUGCUGCCCUGAACAUCUACUUGGACAUAAUCAACCUUUUCUUAUUUAUUUUGCAACUGAUUGGACUGGCACGGUAGUCAGACGGCCAGGACUGGCUUGUGUUGGAAAAAGGGGAGGAGGCACGCCUCUGAAGUGUCGGGGGCACAGACGUGAGGAGGUUGCCACUUCAAAAGCCUUUUAUUAACAAAAAUACUUCAAGAUACUUGCUUUUUGUCAAAUGAAACCAAGCGUUCAACAGGUGGUAGCUGCAGCCGUGAUAGUUUUGGUUCCAUUGUCACACUGCAAAGCUUUCUGGGGGACAUUUCUAAUUUUUAUAAAUUCUAAAGAUGAGCAUCAGAAUUACAUACUUACAAACAUUUGCAAGAUGCCCAUUACAGUGUUGAAGUUUUCCAGGCAGUAUUUCAAGCAAUAAACAACAUAACAACAUCUCUUUACAUGAAUAAAUUUGAUUAUAGAAACCUA